UUGGCGGAUGUUCACAAACACACCAGCUUGAAGCGGUGUGUUCGGUUCUGCUCGUCGUCCGGUCUGAUUGACGCUGUUAUUAAUGCAGAACGUACCUGCAUUUUGACACGUGACACUUUCAACCUCGGUGCUGGAACCAUAACGUCCAGAUGAGUGGGCCAUUUGCCACCCCGUCUGCGGAGGUGGCUCAGAUGAACCGCAUCCAUUUUGAGUUGGAGUACACAGAGGGAAUCAGCCAGCGCAUGCGGAUCCCUGAGACCCUCAAGGUUGCCUCGGAGAACCAGACGGGGUCCAUGUCACUUCAGCAUCCCUUCCCCAUACACACAACUCUGAUGCAGGUGCCAGAAAGAAUCAUCAUAGCAGGUGAUGAUGGGGACCUUCAAUUUUCUCGUCCACGAGACUUGGACCUAAUUCAAUCCGUCCCUCCCAUGGACCUUCUGAGCAUGAAGGCCCCGCCACGUAUCCUCACUCUAUCAGAGCAGCCACUGGACUCCCUUGAAACUGAACAAACUCCCACUUCACAGAGCAAUCCCAUCCAUGCUGUCCACUUUCAUGCUCGGUCUCGGCGGGAACGCAGUGCCAGUGAGAACAUGUCUGGCCGCCAUAGCGGUCAUAUUGUCAGAGGUGAUAUGAAUGUAACCCCUUCCCCUUCUGCCCCCCCAGUCCGGUUGUGUCCCCCCCUCUGUUCCCCUGAGGAUGCUAACAUCAACCUGUUUACGGCUGUGGGGUUCCUGACUUAUAUCCAGUCAACAACACGCCGGGCAUACCAGCAGGUCCUCGAAGUGCUGGAUGACACACACCGCAGGACACACCUGGACCUGGCUCUGGAUAUAAACCCUGAUGAGUCUGGCUUAGUGGACGCUUCCUCGCUACGACGACAGAUUGUGAAGUUGAACCGGCGUCUGCAGCUGCUUGAGGAAGAAAACAAAGAACGCGCCAAGCGAGAAGUGAUCAUGUAUUCUGCUACAGUGGCAUUCUGGCUAAUUAACACCUGGAUCUGGCUCCGUCGCUAAGAUUUUGCAAGACUGAAUCUCCCAAAACACUGUAAGCCAAAGCAAUUCCUUGUUAAUGGUACGACCACUAAAAUACAGUAUGAGACUUUACUACAUCUAAAGGCCACCACGGGAAACUACCAGAACAUUGGCAAAUGUCCUCCACCACAGUCCUGUGUUUCUAUUGCAAAUGCUAUAUUGGGAUUUCACUUAGAAAUUUAAAACAUAGCGCUGUCAAGAUAAGAUAUCUGAGGCAGUAAAACGUAACCAAAGUUUUCAAAACCGAUGAUACACCUAUGUUUGGACCUUUUACAAAAUGUCCCAUUGGCUAGGAUUCACACCAUCGCAUCUAACUACAAGUUGGCUUUGGUCGGGUAUAACAACACUAGAACUAGAGGGAAAGCUAAACUUAGCAUACCUUACAUUCAAAGAUUCAACUAUGGAUUUAUUUCCUGUAUAAAGCGGCUAACAGGACAAAGCACAAUGGCACUAUAGCUGGAUGUUUACACAGUGUCAGCAACUACUUUGUUGUGGUGAGCUACCCACUAGUUGCCAUAUUUGGCUAAAACUAGCUUCAACAUAGGAUGAAGUGACUGACUCACUGUCAAAGUUUCAUUCUGAAGUUUCUCCGCCUCUCGAAUACUGCAGUGAUGUUCACUUAUAUCUAGGAAAACUAAAUGUGGUACAGAUAAAAAAAAAAAGAAUAUGUGGGCCAGUUUAAAGUAGCAAAUGUGUGUCUCUUAAUAAUCUGCAAGAAUUGCAAAACCUCAAUUAUGGUUGUUUGUGCAAAAACUACUGAUUGCAACUAUUAAAUGCUUUAUAAAUGCACAGCAACAGCCAAUGUUACAGUGACGCCUUCCAUCAAUCAUCUUUGUGAGAGUAAACACAAUUUGUAAAGGGGACUUUUUAGCUUUAGGAAAAUAAUCGUUGGAGGGGAAAACAUGGAUCUACUUAAGCGACACAAGCCCAGAGCUUCAGACCUUCAGUUUGAAUUUGAGUUUGAGUUUCAUCAGGUUUUGUCAAAGUAAGAAGACUUAGAGAUUAUCUAGAGAUGCCAUAAUAUUUACACUGAAUGUCCUUUUGAGUUCUGCAUCACACAGUACUUAAAUACCCUGUUGUUGUGAAUGUUGUCUGUUGUUUACCUCUUUGUGACUCGCAUAUAGAUUAUGUUAUGAGCUUGACGAAGUGUCAACAAAAAUACAAAGGCUACUAAGGGUAUUAUCUGUGCCAUGAUUAUGUUUCCCCAUACUGUUUCCAAAGUUUGAAUUGUUUUUUUUUCUCCAGAGAAUUUGAAUGAGGUUUUUCACCAACCUAAAAUUUACAUUACAUGUCAUUUUAUGUAAUGUCAUUACAUUUAUAUGUAAUGUUAAUAUCAGGUUAGUGAAAACCAAAUUCACCUACGAGACUAAAAGCAUUGACUAUGUGGUUUUAUUCAUCAUACAGUGUGAUAUAAAUCUUAGGCCUGUUGUCUGUGUGAUCAUGUGUAAUAGAUGGCUACGUAUAUGUACAUAACAUAUUGUUGUAAUUAUUUUUCAAUAAUGAAAUUAGUAUGUCUUUCAUGGAGGUUUAUUUAUCACAUGUAAUGCUGAGAGGUCAACAAAAAGUUGCAGUAACCAUUUAUUUGUUGCGGUACCUAUUACUUAAAGCUGGAGUUUAAAGUGAAGUAUUUUGAUUUCUUGUAAUAUAAAAAUACAUUCAUUUUUUGUUAAUAAAUGACCAUUUCCUCCAG